AGGUAUCGAAACUUGGAUGUUAACAAACAUAGACGGUCAUGUGACUUGACAUAACAAUGGAGGGAUUUUAUGAGUUCCUCCCUUCAAGGGAGUUUCUGCCAUGUUUCUCUUUACACUGUGACUGUUUGAAAAGUUUUACGGAAAACAAAGGCAUUAAUUCCAAAUCUUGAGAUCGGAAGUUACUACCUAUCUAUCUAUCUAUCUAUCUAUCUGUCUAUCAUGAGAACACCUGGGAUUUUUAUUUGCGGUUUGGUGCUCGCACCAUGCGGGUUGAUUUUAGAUCUGGCAAGCACCGUGGCACCGAGCUGGCGCACCAUCAAUAAUAUCGCCGGAGAAUCCACUGAUAUGGUUUUACAGCAGGGAAUUUGGGACAUUUGCAAGACAUUUACAUCAUCCCGGGAUAUACAAUGCAGCCAACCGGAUACGCAAUAUUUUAACAACCAGAUCAUCAAAAUAGCUCAGGGGUUGAUGUUGGCAUCACUUAUACUUAAUGUCAUAGCCAUUGGCGUGGCGUCCGCCGGAGUCCGAUGUUGGACCGAUAAACCACGAUGGACACUGGCUGGGAUCGGGGGUCUACUCAUCUUCAUCUCAGGGGUCCUCGCCAUCAUCCCAGUGUCGUGGUAUACUCACAUUAUGACCUCAAUUUAUUCUCCGUCCACCGACAUUCGUGUCGGAUAUUGCUUAGUUUUGGGCUUCAUCGGCGGGAUCUUGGAAAUGAUCGGAGGUUUGGUGAUGUCCAUCGGGUUAUGUCGGCGUUGCGGUGAUCGCUCCCGCCAGGAAAGGCCGAGGACAGAUGUGCUAAAGUCCACCCGCGACCCACAUCCACUCCAUCGAGUUACAGUUCCGAGUGUGAGCAGCAUUAGUAGCUCCAGCAGUGCCCCGUAUUACUCCAAAGAUGCAGAUAUGGACUUUCCCAGAGCCAAUAGACAGAUAGACAGUAGACCUGUAAAAACUGCUUACGGGGCAAGACCAUACGAUUCAGAUUUGUAAACAAGGACAUAUGAUAAAAAACGGCAAAAAAGGAAACAUCACAAAAAUGCAAUGGUGAGAUUUGUAUUGGUAAUUGUAUGUAAACUAUAAUGGUCUCUAAUGUUUGGAUUUAUCUGGCUGAUGGGAACCAAUUUAACACAAUUAAAUCACACUGAAAUUGUUUUAAGGAUAGAUUUGAAUAAGUAAGUUGAUGGUUCAUAAUAGUGUUAAAUCCAUUCCAAUUUUUUGUGAUGUAAAUUUGUAACCAAAAUUUAGCCAAAUGCCAUAGUUGCUGCAGAUUAAUGCAUUUUCUAACUUGUGUUAUCAGGUUAAUGUUUAAAUUCCUUAUUUUUUACGGUGCCCAUGUUGUGUUAAUGGGCUGUAUACAAGCAAUUUAAACUUACUAUUUAAAUCUUGACUUGUAAUGAGUUGCUGCAACUUAAAAAGUCAAAAUUGCUUAACUUAUAAAGUAAUGUACAAACAUGUUCAUAAGAUUUAUUGAUCAGAUCUUCCAUGAUUUGUCAUGUAAAAAACUGUUUUUAGGCCCAGUUAACAUUGCAGUGUUUCCCAUACAUUGAUUUAUUUGUGGUGGCCCACCACAGAAUCAACACUGGCCCCCACAAAUAGAAUUUUCAUGAUUCCCAUUUACAUUUUUAUUUCACUACUUAAAACAGCCUAAUUCGGCUUAAAAUAUAAUUUGAUAUAUAAUACAAAUCAAAUACAGAUACAGAACAAAGAGUAGAAGUGAAACAUAUUUCAGGUGCCAACACUAGAUCAAACGCAAACACGACAUGAUGACGUCACAUAUAUGCUAAUUAGCGGGUGACGUCAUCACCACCACAGUCUCUCAAAAUCCUGUGGGAAACACUGCAUUGUUAAUAUCUGUAAAGGAACUGAACACAAUUUAGACUUUUUGUAGAACUGAGCUGUUUUAAAAUGUGUAAUUUAUUAGAAAUCUUUUGAGUUUGUAAAAUUAUAUCUACUAUAAAAGCAAAUACGUAGUAAAAGAAAGGCAAUGAAUGUUGGAAAUAACAUUUCCUCUGGUGUUGACUAGACAGAGUUGAAUAACAUCUUUGUAGAAGUUUGGGAUGUGUGGUGUUAUGUACCUAACCUGCAUCCAUCAACUUAUGUUGAACCGCAUAUACUUGUUUAUUUUUCUGUAUUUAUUGAUUGGCAAUGUGAUGGCUGACAUUAGAAAUGUGGCAUUCUAUAACACAUUUUAUACUGAAAUCGAAUAAUAUAUGAUUAAAAUAAAUUGUAUUUUGAAUAAUGAUUAGUGAA